GAUCUUGGGUAAAUCUUUACGUAAUGCGGAACAGAAACACCGACGUUGAAAGUUAACUAUGGCAAACAACGAAUCAAAGCCGCGCAAAGAUCUCGAUGAAUCGUGUGUUUUCUGCCUUAUUGCGCACAAUAGAGACGAAGUGACGACUGUUAUAAAACAGGACGAAGAGCUGGUUUGUUUCAGUGAUAUAUAUCCCGCUGCUCCUCAUCACUACCUGGUUGUUCCUAGAGAGCACAUUCUCAGCUGCAGAUCAUUGAACAGAAGAAACAUUGACCUUGUUGAAAGGAUGGCCAAAUUUGGGAAAGAGGUGCUCUGUGAGCAGGGGAUCACUGAUCUGAAGGAUGUAAGGUUAGGGUUCCAUCAACCUCCUUUUAUCUCAGUAGACCACCUCCACCUCCAUGUACUCGCACCGGCCAGCCAAAUCUCAAGUUACAUGGAGUACAAGUUCACCCCAGGGACCGACUGUUUUAUAAUUGAAGAGUCUCUGAGGAAGCGCUUAGGGAAAGUGUCCUCACCAGCCAUUAAGAAAUUUUGACAAUUUUUGGAAUAUUUGUGAGUUUUCAGAUCCAACACUGACCCUAAAGGGACUAAAGCAGAGCAACAAACGACCUGUUCAUCAAGAGGAGCUCAUCAACUUCUAAGUGUCCUGCACCCGUGCCAAAAACCACAGUUUGGAAAGAAACUUGUUGAAAACAUUAGCAUUCCAGCAUGCUAAGUUUGUGGACAUGCGCUGGAUGUACUGUAUGAGUGUUUUGUUGUUUGCAGUUGUGUACACUCCUGUUUAGUACAUUUAUCAUUAUUUAAAAGAAAAGUGAAUGAAAUUAUAUCUGUAUUUUGAGUAAAAUUUGGAUAUGAAGGAGACAGGAGGGUAAACCCAACAAAGCCAAACUGCUGCCUAUAAGUUAUCAGUUUCAGAUUGAAUUGUUUAUUCAAACCUGUUUAAAAUGAUUUGUUGUAUUCUGUUGUAAUUUAUAAAAAAAAAAAAAAAAAACUGCCCGAUAAUUAAUAUUUAAGUGUUAAGCACCAAAAGAGGGGUUGUUACUUGUUAAAUCAUGGAAAAAAUGUCUGGGUAUAAAAAAAACAACUUAAUUUAGGAAGUGCACAUCUUUUUAAAGGUGAUUUUGAUCAGUGGAAAUAAACCACAACACCAACAUUUCCAUCACCACAAACAGCUCAGAGUAAAAACAUUCCCAAUGUGUCGCCAUGAAAGCUUGUUCUAGACCUUAUGUUCAAUUCAUAAAUGUUCAGAAAACUAAUAAAGGAUUGUUUUAUAGGAUAGAAGUUAACCUUUUUUACACCUUGGAGUAAUUUUUGUUCACGUCAUUUGGAGUCAACUAUCGUUCAAGGUGCAGUCAAAUCAGACUAAUCAGCUUGAUGUAUUUUUCAUUUUAUCAGUGUGCUGUGGAUAGCUUGCAUGUAUGCAAACAAUCCGAUGUACAGUGGACAUAAAACGUUUACGCACCUCUGUGAAAACUGCCAGGUUUUUUGUGACGUAAAACAAUAUUUGCCCAAGAUAAAUGGUUUCAGCACUUUUUUCCAA